UAGAGAAGUGCACGAUGAACCUCUUCAUUUUCCUACAAGUGUGGGGUUUCCAGCUUGGUGCAUCAGGUGUUUAUACAGACAGAGUGUCAGUGUUUGUGAUGGAGGGAGAUUCAGUCACUCUAAACACUGGUGUUAAAACAAACCAACAAGAAAAGAUUAAAUGGUUUUUUAAUAACACUCGCAUCGCUCAAAUCAAUGGAGAUCUCAGUAAGAUCUGUACAGAUGUUCAGUGUAAUGAAGGCACUGAGAGAUUCAGAGACAGACUGAAGCUGGAUCAUCAGACUGGAUCUCUGACCAUCAUGAACACCACAAACACACACUCUGGACACUAUAAACUGCAGAUCAUCGGCAGCAACACCAUCAGUGAAACAAUCUUUAGUAUGACUGUCCAUGAUGUUCCUGUUGGAGAGACGAAUACCAAGUCUGUGAAGGAGGGAGAAUCUUUUACUUUAGAUCCUGGUGUCAUAAAAAACACAAAUUAUGUGAUCACAUGGUAUUUUAAUGACACUUUCAUCGCUGAAAUCACUGGAGAUCAGAGUAAGAACUGUACAGAUGUUCAGUGUAAAGAGAGAUUCAGAGACAGACUGAAGCUGGAUCAUCAGACUGGAUCUCUGACCAUCACACACACCAGAAACACACACUCUGGAGAAUAUACACUGCAGAUCAGCAGCGGCAGCAUCAUCAUCCGCCGUCAGCACAGCAUCAGCAUUAUCAGCGGAAAGAGCCUUAAUGGAACUGUCACCAAUUGGGUUGUGUAUGUUCUUGCUAUAGGAGGAGCAUGUGUUGGUGUUCUGCUGGUGGUUGUAGGUGUAACUGGACAGUGGUAUAAAAAAGCUUGCCUGUACAAAGGAUGUUCUCUCGCUAAAUAAUCAAACAACUGGCCUUUAAUCGCACAGAGGAACAUACAGUAUAAUUUAU